AUGGUGGAGUCUCCUAAAAGCACAAAAGAGAACAGUAUUUCCAGUAAAUCUCCUACUGUUGAGCAGCUGGAGGAAAUCCUACAUGGAGGUCAGUUAUCAUGUAAUCAUGUUGAUGAAGUGUGGCCCAAUCUGUUUCUAGGAGACAUGUACAUGUCUCACGAUAGGUAUGGACUUUGGAGACUUGGUGUUACUCAUGUUCUAAAUGCUGCUCAUGGAAAAAUGUGUUGUAAAGGCAGUGAUGAUUUCUAUGGUACCACAGUAAAAUACUAUGGAGUGUCAGCAAAUGACCUGCCUACAUUUGAUAUUUCACCCUUCUUCUACCCUUCUGCACAGUUUAUUCAUCAGGCUCUCAGCACCCUCAGAGCUAAGGUUUUUGUGCACUGUGCUGUUGGUGUAAGCCGUUCUGCUACCCUGGUCUUGGCAUAUUUAAUGAUUUAUCACAACUUCUCGUUAGUGGAUGCUAUCCUGAAAGUAAAAGAGAAGAGAUGGAUUUUUCCAAAUCGAGGAUUUCUCGGGCAUCUUAUAAAUCUGGAUUCUGAACUAAAGAACAAAUCUCAAAGUGACUGUCCAGUGCAUAUAGAAAACUAGCAACAGAUGUAUUGGUGUGAGUAAAACAAAGACUAUAUGUUGCCCUUCUGCAAACACUUGCCAUGAAGUUGGAAGCACACUAAAAGGCCCAGACAUGUUCUAGUAUAACAAUAUCACUGUGCAUAAAGCAAGCUAUAUGAAGACAUGUUUUUGCUAAAGAUUAAAGUAGAAGAAUUUAUCUCAACCUCAGUGAACAUCUUUGGGUUAAUUGGAAUGCCAACUGCACCACUGACUAUGUCAA